AUGCUUCUUGAGGGUGCCCGUUUCUCACUACAUCUCGGUCUGCUUCUGCCUCUGUCACUCAUUACAGCUGCUCAGCCUGAACCUGCUCUAUCCUCGGUGCUCGAAGCCCGGGACAUAGACAAGCCUAUACCAGGAGGACCUUUAGACACAACAUAUCUGCCUGCUCAGAUUGGUGGUAUAGUCGGAGCAUACGCUAUAUCAUUGGUGCUGGUCGCCAUUACAUUGCUUGCUCUAUCCAAGAAACGCCGCGAGCAUAUCGCAGCUGGAAUCGACGAACUCGACUUCACCGUCCGGAAAGAUAUCACCAGUCCCGACUUUCCGCCUGCGAUUCCUACAACCCUAAAUAUCAUCACCAGCACCCCGCUUGGUAAACCAGAAUUCCAGGAGUCACAAGAAGGAUUUAACCCUUACAUCCAUCCAUCGCCAUCUUCGAGCAUCGGAGCUCCAGGAACCAAUCCUUUUGUUGAUCCACGUGUCGUUGCAGUAGACAGAGUCAUGGCUCAAUCUCAGCUUGAAGACAUGUACAAGCAUGUACUGGAGCAUGAGGAUGCAAAGAAGCGAGGAGUUGUCUAUGAUGUUCCUCUUCCUCCCACUGCUCACCACCAGUCACGCCCUUCAGCCUCGGCCUCGGUACUAUCUAUGAAGUCUUCGAUGUCGUCACCCCCCAAGAAGGAAAGGAGUAAGCCAGCAACGCUCAACCUUUCGGCUGCUCGUGAAGAAAAGACUCAGUCCAGAACCUCUUCAUUCUUGUCAGCACUGCGAUCUCCCAAGAAGAAGGCAAUGAGGGGUGUCAGCAUCUCAUCGCCUCUUAUGACCCCUCAGUCGGGUGAAUUUCCUCGCUAUGAAACACAAGAGAUGAGCACGAUCCCUCCCCGACAAUAUGCCCCGGCCCCUCCGCCUCCGGUCCCCACUAACCAGGCUCCGUACGGACACCCGGCCGUCCCGCCUCAAGCUUAUGCGCCGCCGACCCCGGAUAUCUCGCCCGAGAGUGUUAUGAGUAUCGACGAACGGAUUGGAACCCAGCUACCUCCUCCUGGUCACGCCCGAACGGUAUCGCACGCACCCACCGAGCGGGAACCUGAGUCGGCCACUUCGGAGCACUCCCAGGUGCCUUUGGUCGGCCUGCCAUCGUCUCCCAAGCCCGGAGCACGAUUCCCUUCUCUACCAGCAUCGCCAAAGCCUGGACAGACCUUCCAACGCGCCAACGCACCCACGGCUGUCCGCACUGGUGGAUCUCUGCCCUUGCGUGCCUACGAGCCUGCUCUGGCCUCGCCUAAUACCAUUGGCCGGACCACCAAGCAGACAGUUUUCGAAAGGAGGGGACCUCUAUCACCCAGCGGAGCAAUGACACCUCAUACUGCCGGUGCAGUGCCUUACUCGCCUUACCAACCUUUCACACCAUGCAUGCCGUUGACACCAUCGCUGGUGACCAGGGAGGAGCGGAAGAAGAUGAAACGCAUGGUGCCUAAGACUCCCACCCUGGAGAUGGUACAGAGUGCAGAUGAUGUUUGGUAA